GGAAUAUCGAUACCGCGUCGAUGUGUCUUCCAGCUCUAUCGGGCACGCGCUGUUAAAGUUUAUUUGUACUGUUAACGCGAAUUGGAUUAAAAUGUUUUGUUUUUUGUUAGUUUUCGGUGUAAAUGUGGUUUUAGUGCAUUUAACAACUGGUGAAUUCAGUGCGAAUGUUCAGCCAGACGUUGAAGCUAUGGCCGCCGCCGCUUUGAGUGGCAUGGAAAUGGGAUCUGGACCAGGAUCAGAGGGCUAUGAGGAUGCCGACAAUGAGAAAAGCAAGGCCAUGGAAAAUGCCCGCUCCCUAACCUGCUACUGCGAUGGCAGUUGUCCGGACAAUGUAAGCAAUGGAACCUGCGAGACCAGACCCGGCGGCAGUUGCUUCAGUGCAGUCCAACAGCUUUACGAUGAGACGACCGGGAUGUACGAGGAGGAGCGGACCUAUGGAUGCAUGCCUCCCGAAGACAACGGAGGCUUUCUCAUGUGCAAGGUAGCCGCUGUACCCCACCUGCAUGGCAAGAACAUUGUCUGCUGCGACAAGGAGGACUUCUGCAACCGUGACCUGUACCCCACCUACACACCCAAGCUGACCACACCAGCGCCGGAUUUGCCCGUGAGCAGCGAAUCCCUGCACACGCUAGCCGUCUUCGGCUCCAUCAUCAUCUCCCUGUCCGUGUUUAUGCUGAUCGUGGCCAGCUUAUGCUUCACCUACAAGCGACGCGAGAAGCUGCGCAAGCAACCACGUCUCAUCAAUUCCAUGUGCAACUCGCAGCUGUCACCUUUGUCACAACUGGUGGAACAGAGUUCGGGCUCCGGAUCGGGAUUACCACUGCUGGUGCAAAGAACCAUUGCCAAGCAGAUUCAGAUGGUGCGACUGGUGGGCAAGGGACGAUAUGGCGAGGUCUGGCUGGCCAAAUGGCGCGAUGAGCGGGUGGCCGUCAAGACCUUCUUUACGACCGAAGAGGCUUCUUGGUUCCGCGAGACUGAAAUCUAUCAGACAGUGCUGAUGCGACACGACAAUAUCUUGGGCUUCAUUGCCGCCGACAUCAAGGGUAAUGGUAGCUGGACACAGAUGUUGCUGAUCACCGACUACCACGAGAUGGGCAGCCUACACGAUUACCUCUCUAUGUCGGUGAUCAAUCCGCAGAAGCUGCAAUUGCUAGCGUUUUCGCUGGCCUCCGGAUUAGCCCACCUGCACGACGAGAUCUUCGGAACCCCUGGCAAACCAGCUAUUGCUCAUCGCGAUAUCAAGAGCAAGAACAUAUUGGUCAAGCGGAAUGGACAGUGCGCUAUUGCUGACUUUGGUCUGGCGGUGAAGUACAACUCGGAACUGGAUGUCAUCCACAUUGCACAGAAUCCACGUGUCGGCACCCGCCGCUACAUGGCUCCAGAAGUAUUGAGUCAGCAGCUGGAUCCCAAGCAGUUUGAAGAGUUCAAGCGGGCGGAUAUGUAUUCAGUGGGUCUGGUUCUGUGGGAGAUGACCCGUCGCUGCUACACACCCAUAUCGGGCACCAAGACGACCACCUGCGAGGACUACGCCCUGCCCUACCACGAUGUGGUGCCCUCGGAUCCCACGUUCGAGGACAUGCACGCUGUUGUGUGCGUAAAGGGUUUCCGGCCGCCGAUACCAUCGCGCUGGCAGGAGGAUGAUGUACUCGCCACCGUGUCCAAGAUCAUGCAGGAGUGCUGGCACCCGAAUCCCACCGUCCGGCUGACUGCCCUGCGCGUAAAGAAGACGCUGGGGCGACUGGAAACAGACUGCCUAAUCGAUGUGCCCAUUAAGAUUGUAUAAGCAGCUGUUUGUAGUCUCGUUUUAGGUUUGACCUAAGUUGCAUUUAGUUUUCUGUUUUUGUUCAACAUCUGUUGAAUGCGCAGUUCCGACCUUUUGUACGGAAUUUCAUAGUUAGGUUCUAAUCAUAAGUUGCCGGUACUUGAGCGGAGCAAAGCAGAGGAUCCUUCAGAGGUGCCUAUACUACGGUUACUUUAACCGUCGCACUGAUUGUAAGCUAGAGGUUAGAUUUAAGUUGACAGGAGCUAGUUACUAAGGCCCCUUGCAAAAUCUUUGGUUAGAAAAAUGCUUUAACUAUUUGAGAAAUAUAGGGAGUGUUUUGGAUGACACCUAUUCAUGUUGAUGUACAUAAGUAUGAGAUCGAAAAAAGAAAUCAAUUGAAAGAAUCGAAAUUUAUAUGUAACAUACUUUAAUUUUUGUGCCAGCUUUUGUACGCUUUAACUAAACGAGUUAAGACGCCCAUUCUUUGACCCCCGAGGCUUUAGCCUCAACAUAGAACAUGUCUUCAUGUGUUUUGUUUGUAUCUAGUGUUUAAGUGAAAACUUUGCAGACUUUGUGCAAGUAAAUGCUGCCUUUUGUAAAAUCCACGGAAUUAGUUGCCUUAAGACAAAGUGUAAAGACAGGAGCCAAGAGACAGGAGCCCGACUCCCUUCCUCUCCUUUAAGUAGCACAUAUUUUUGUAUGUAUAACCAGAGAUCGAGAAGUAUCUCGAGAAGUGCACUUGUGUCGGCUCUUUUGUUUUGUGUAAAUAGCAAAGAUGUUUAUAGGCCGCUAACCAUACAGAUAUAUAGUAUAUAUAUUAUAUAUUAUCGUUAUAAGCGAUUCUGUAAAUACUAUAUAUGUAUCAUUAUCUGUAACCGUUUAACUUAUAUCUUAUCGUUCUUAUCAUGUAACCUUGUUUAAGCUAGAGUUAGAUGACUAGCCUGUAAGAGCAAAAAGUAAACUAUAUGAACUAGAUGGAUAUGUA